AUCCCCACUUCUUUCUUUUGGUCUCGUAAAACAUGGAGUUGGGAAAAUCAAUUGAGAACCAAAACGACGUCGUGGUAAGACUAACCAAGCAUGUCAUCUGUACCGUUGCUAAUGGCUCCAACCUUGUCUUCUCACCGACGUCAAUCAACGUUUUGCUCAGCCUCAUCGCGGCCGGUUCAAGUUGUGUGACCAAAGAACAAAUCCUUUCAUUCCUCAUGUUACCGUCAACGGAUCACCUCAACCCUUCCUUUAAAGCGCUUUUGGAGAAUUCUUACAAGGCUACCUGUAGUCAAGUUGACUUCGCAACCAAGCCUUCUGAAGUGAUUGAUGAGGUGAAUACAUGGGCUGAAGUCCAAACUAAUGGACUCAUCAAGCAGAUUCUUUCACGUGAUUCUAUCGAUACUAUCCGUAGCAGCACACUCAUUCUUGCAAAUGCAGUCUACUUCAAAGGAGCAUGGAGCAGUAAAUUUGAUGCAAAGUUGACAAAAGAUUACGAUUUUCAUCUUCUUGACGGUACCUCGGUGAAAGUCCCCUUCAUGACCAAUUACGAGGACCAGUACCUAAGAAGCUAUGAUGGUUUCAAAGUUUUGCGUCUCCCUUAUAUAGAGGAUCAACGUCAAUUCUCUAUGUACAUAUAUCUUCCUAACGAUAAAGAUGGAUUAGCUGCUCUGCUUGAGAAGAUAGGCUCCGAACCAGAAUUUAUCGAUAACCAUAUUCCGCUUUACCGUAUAUCAGUUGGUGCAUUCCGGAUCCCAAAGUUUAAAUUCUCUUUCGAGUUUAGUGCUUCAGAAGUUCUGAAAGAUAUGGGGCUGACUUCACCAUUCAAUAAUGGAGGUGGUUUAACUGAGAUGGUUGAUUCACCUUCCAACGGUGACGAUCUAUACGUCUCAAGCAUUCUUCAUAAAGCUUGUAUUGAAGUGGAUGAAGAGGGAACCGAAGCUGCAGCCGUCUCUGUUGGCGUCAUAAAGUGCACUUCUUUUAGGCGGAAUCCGGAUUUCGUAGCUGACCGUCCGUUUCUGUUCACUGUCAGAGAAGACAAGAGUGGAGUGAUUUUGUUCAUGGGUCAAGUUCUUGAUCCUUCAAAACAUUAAUUGAACUGGGAUUGUGUGGGAGAAAACAUUAAGCCACCAUAUGUUAUGCUGUAUUUUGUGGAUAUUCAUGGUUUGAUGGAAUUGGGUUCCUCUUUUUACUGCUUUGUGUGUGAUUAAUAAAAGUGAUUAUUGUCA